AUGGAAGGUGAGGAGGCUGUAUGUCCUUUCCGACGUAUCCCAGACGAUAUUCUUUUGGAGAUUCUCAGCAGCAUACAAGACAUCCGCUGUCUCGCUCACUGCGCUUCGGUCUGCAAGUUAUGGCACCGAAAAGCGCGCGAAGUCGAAACCGCAACGCUGAUUUGCCCCGGAAAUUUCAAGACGUAUUGGGAUAAGGUCAUGGAUAUUGUCGAUAAGCUACAGGGAUUUCCCCGUUUGAAGAAGGUCCGCGUUUGCAUCGGGACGAAUGGGAUGGGCGGGAGCGGUUCGGCGGGGAGACGUGACAAUAGCGAAGCCUGGACUAAGUGCAUGCGCUACGCCGAGAUUGGCGCCUCGGUGGAUAAGUUCCUGUUUCUUGCCGCGAAAUCCGGGAGCGCGGAUGUUUUCUACAGUAGCAUCGGUGGAGGUGGCGGAGAGACGGCGGAUGGCGCGCAGCGCGGAGGUAUGCAAGGAGGGCCGCGGCGGGGGGAAAGCGGACAGCACCGCUCGGGGAGUGCUACAGAACGGGAAGCGUCGUUUGCGGAUGGAUUUGGUGCGUUACCCCUGCUGCAGCAGCUGCUGCUGGUUGACGUCACUGACAACGUCACCAUCCACAUGCGCCCGCACCACAUGGCGCAGCUUCGGCGGGCCAACCAACGGACGUUCGGCGGGAGCCUAGGCUUGGAAAGCCUAGGCUCGGAAGGCCUAGAGGCGUUUGGGGAUGAGGAGUUUCGGCCAGAGCUGCUGGGAGCUGGCGCUGCUGCCUACACCGCUUCACUCGCGGCCCCCUCUGCUGCUACCGCUGCUGCAAACACUUCCUCUCUUGCUCCCUCCGCUGCACCCUCACCCACUGAUGCGUCGCUCCCCCCUCCACACUCAUCACCAUUACCUGCCCCUGCUGCCACCCCUCCUCCUGCUCCUCCUCCUCCUGCUUCUGCUCCUCAUGCUGCUGCUCCCACUGCGGUUGCUCCUCCCGCUGCCCCUGCUCCUGCUCGCACAGCAGAGCAAGCCCUUGUGCUAGAAACCACUGUUCCUCCUGCAGAACUGUCCAGGCGGGACCUUUCUUGCCACCCCGACUCGCCCAAUUUCCACGUGUCAUUCUGGCGCACCGACAGAGUCCGGGUGGCGUAUCCGCUGCCACGUCAGCAGCAGGAGCUGACUGACAUGUCAGUCUGCGUUGCCACGCAGGACUCUGUUGCGCUGGAGGAUGCUGACGUGGCAGAGCUUGCCAGGUCAGCUGUUGGGGGACCCGUGCUGGCUGCCACUGUGGCGUUUCUCAACAGCCAAUCAUCCAUGCAUGCACUGUAG